GCGUGCGGUGUGUUACUGCUGCUGCUGCUGCUGCUGCUUCCUGUCGUGAGUCGGCUUUGCUGCGGUUUGCCCGCUUGCUUGCGUUUGUGUGAAAGCAGCACAAGUUCCCCGCCCUCGCCUUUCCUACACGAGUGCGUGUAGCAGAGUAGAGCCCUGAUUCGAGUGACAGCGCACCGCUGGACAGCUGCUCCAACAUGUCCUCCAGCCACCUCCCCCUCCGCAUCCUCGGUCUGCUACUGCUUGUUGGCACGGGGUUCGGCGAAAACGACACCGGUUCUUCCACAACGGUGCAAAGCAGUACCUCCAGAACAGUAGGCCUACAGACCAGCGUCUCCACAAUGGAAAUACACAGCAGUGCGAACAAUGUGUCCGGAUCCAGCAGCUCCACCCCCACCGAGGCCCUGGUCGAGACCACGGGCGCAGCGCACGAUAGCCUCAAAACAACGACGAUGUCGGUAGGGAGCCCUACGCCGGAGACCAGCACAGGAAAACGAACCACGAAGCUGUCGACCAGCGCAUCCUGGAGCAGCACGAGUCCGACGCCUCGCAUCAGCGAGACGACAGCAACAAGUGCAGCAGCACAUCGCUCUCAGCUUGACUACUCAGGAUACAUCAUUUUAUUCCUCCUGCUCAUCAGCAUCAUCCUUGUUGUCAUGUUCAUUUACUUUUUACGGAAAAAAACAAGGCAUUAUUCCUUUGACCUGUACCAGAAAGGUGCAGAAGACAUUGACAUUCCUCUAAGCUCUGUGGGGCAAAGAGGUGUAUUUGCAUCAACCCAAAAUGAUGAGAAGCCUGCGGAAGGCCUCACGUACGUGUCCGGUGUCCCCGAGGAGCCGAAGGCACCAUCGAGGGAGACCUUGUCGCAGACUGGAAGCGAGAAACUGGACAGCAACAACGAUGACCCUGAUAAAGUGGCCAGCGAGGACAGCUUUGGCUCCCAGGUGCCGCUGACCCCCAACGACAAGCCGCUUGAUUUCACCUUUGACCUGAUGGACGGCGAGCCGAACCACUCCAGCAAGACGUCCUCGGAAUCCCUGGAGGAGCAGCAGAACGAGAAUAACAACAACAUGAUGGGGAGCUACAGAGUUCUCUGCAGAGUAGAUCCCAACCCUGCAGGUCCGAGUGAGACCUUCACCGAGAUCAGUCUAGACGAGCCUGUGUAGGAGAACAUCACUACUGCAGCUGUCAGUAUCAUGUAGUGGGUGAACUGAUGCUCAGUGUACUAUACAUGUGAAUGCAUAUAGCAUAUUUAUGUGUUCAUACGUCGUUGACGUUUUAGUAAGUCAGUUUAUAUUGUUGUUUUUUCCAGGAUUCUGGAAAUUUUACACUGCCUCCAAAGCUUCCACCACCUCCAGGGUUUAUCAAAGCUAUUCAAUCGCUGUUUUACUCGUGGCUUGAUUUUGUUCAUAAUUCAAUCCUAUGAAGUUUAACUUGGUUUGAAAACGACUUUGUUUUAAGCUACUUAUUUUGUCAAAAUGAAACUGCUAUAUUUAGAAGUGUAUAAAGUGGACCUCAUCAUGAAUCCGACAGACCGCAUGCGUCUUCAUGGAAACAUUUUGUUUACAAGUGUUACUUUUUAAAAUUAGUCUUAUGUUGUCA